UUGACGGGAAGAAAUUAAACGUUGGAUAUGUGAAGGGAGGUUAUUGGGUGAGCUGGGGUGGACUAGUUUUGUCCGUAUUACAUAAGGGGAACGAAUGUUGGAAGCUUGGGAAGCAAACCAAAACGGAUGGCUAAAAAUGGCGGCACCGCCCACUCCCUACCAAAACCCACCUCUUCACUUAGCUUCAUUUCAGCUUAGAGAGAGAGAAAGUGAGAGAGAGUUGGAGUGGGAGAGAAGAAUAGAGAAGCCAUUGAAAGAGUAGUUGUGUGAAAUAGGUAGCGUUGGUUGUAAUUAAGGUGGGGUUUUUCCUUUUGGGUGUUGUUGGGGGUUAGAUUGAGUAGUGGGAAAGGUAGCUUUUUUAAGUGGCUUUCAUAUCAUAAGGACAAGAUUUGGAUAUGUGGCUUCAGAGAAGGGAGCAGAUACUGGGUUGGGUUUGAGGAUGCAACCCAACAAAUCAUUUAAUCGUAAUUAUACGAUGAUGCCUUGUCAUCAUCAAAAUCUGCCCACAGCUGGUACUGCUGAGUUUGGUUUGCAAGGUUGUUGUAAUGGUAAUGGGGAUUGUGGACCUCUGUUUUUUGACACAAGCAACCAGCUUUCUAAUUCUUCUUCUAUAACCCAUAAUAUAAACGAUGUUGUCGGUGCUGGUAAUGUGCUGCCAAAGACUCAGCUUCACCACCCAAACUCUGAUAUCUUCUCCUUCAAUUCCUCCGCAUGGUGGGUUACAGGAGGUGGAAUUGUGAAUGUCAGAGCUCCUUUUUUUACAGAAGCUCAGAGGCAGGAGCUUGAGAGACAGACUAUGAUUUACAAGUACAUGACGACCUCUGUCCCUGUCCCUCCUCAGUUACUCAUACCGACCAUUACUAAGACUCCAAAAAGUUUUGCUCGUAUGCACUACUCUAAUCAGGUAAAAGGUUCAUUGGAGUUGGGGAUCUCAAACAGCUCUGAUCCAGAGCCAUGGAGAUGCCGAAGAACAGAUGGGAAGAAAUGGCGGUGCUCGAGAGACGUGGUCCCUCACCAGAAAUACUGUGAGAGACACUCCCACAAGAGCCGUCCUCGUUCAAGAAAGCCUGUGGAAUCUCAACUACCGCCACCCCACUUCCGCAAUAUCGGCAACAACCAAAACUCCUCCACCAUCCCAUAUACAACAAAGCCUCUUUUUGCAAACCAUCAAUCUCCAUCUCCUCCUCCAUUUUCUACUAGCAUGGCCUCUUCUACAUUUCUACAUGACCAAACCAGGUGUUUGGAGUGGUUCAUGAAAGGGGAAACCGAGGCUGUUGUGGAUGGUUCAAACCAAGAUUGGCUCAAAGCAGGAUUAAGGCUGGACAAUGUAAAUCAUGAUUGUGAUGCAACUAUGGACAUCUCUGAGCAUCAAUAUGAGCAUACCCAUCACCGGCUAAAUGAUCAGUGUAGCUUAUUACUCGCCCCCAAGUUGACCCCUUUCCAAGAAGCUCCAAAUUCCAGCGGUCAGGCACAGGAGACGAGGCAUUUUAUUGAUGCAUGGUCCGCAGCAGCAGAGAGAGAGCAAAUUGGUGAAUUUGGCAACAGAUGCUCUGUUUCUUCAAACGACAAAGUUCCUGUUUCAUCGCUUUCUCUGUCAAUGAGUGGUGGAAAUGGAAGAUGUGCUGAAGAAAAUGAAAAUGCCAAAAUGGGUGCUAUUGGAGAUAUGAAAUCCCAAUGGAUCAUGAAUCCUGUUUCAUGGUUAGGUUCACCACCCGGUGGACCAUUAGCUGAAGCCUUGUGCCUCGGCGUCGCUGGUUCUUCUGGAUGCAAUAGUGGUGGUACCAUCAGCAGUAGAAGCUCAUCUUGAGUUGGAUUAGUGUUGGCUUUGUAACUUUUAAAGAGGAAAAGGAUAAUUGCUUAAUUGCUUAGUUCUGCUGGA